CAGCAAGUUAAUGGAUGAUAAGCUUUUAUCCUUAAUUACAUUGUGUUUUCUGAGACGUCACUUCACUUAUUAUUACACAGUCAAUAGUUGUCUUGUAUUAAAAACUUUACUGAAUUCGAUUUUAUGUCAUUACUGUUGCAGCAGCUGUUGACUGCAAAAUAAAACACGACAGCAAACCUGGAGAACAAAAAAAGCUUCAUUUCCAUCAUGGAUGUUUCCGGUUUACUAAAUUGUUAUCUCGAUUCUUGUAAGAGGCACGAGGUUUGUCCGAAUUCUGCGGUUUUAUCAUGGUUUUCCGAGGCCAAGGUUCAAAAGUCUUGUCAAGAGAAGUGUAACAUUGUGGUUUCUCUAAACCGGUUGAAAAACGAUGAUAUUCCUCCGCUAAUUGAUGUAUUUCUAGCACUUGACUUGUCUGAUAUUGAUUCCGUUGAUGUCCUCGAUCACGGUUCAACUUGUGUCUUGAGUGAAGAACACAUACUUUCAUUGAUGAAUGCAACGAAACUAAAGCUCCGAUUAAUCGAUCUUAGUAGCACGUCUCUAAAGAAGGAUUUUCUCCGGGAUCUCUGCCAUGUCGGCUUGCCUUGUCGUAUUUUGAAGUUGAGGUCUAAUAAUAUUCAAAAACUCAACAUGGUCGGAAGGUUCAUGCGAUUACACACUCUGAAUUUGGAUUUUUGUACUUUGCUCACUAGUUUGCAAAAAGACUGCUUUUCUUGCAUGCCAAAUUUGAUGUGUCUAUCAAUGUGCGAGACGAGAGUCGCCAAUCUCUGGACAACAACUGAAGUUCUAGCGGAACUUCCUUCUUUGUUGGAACUACGGUUCCAAAAUUGUUUGUGUUGCAAGGAUACCGGGCCGUGCAAUUUGUCAUCUCGUGAGAAAGGUAGCUUGAAUGUGAUCAAUACCUGUUCGUACAGUGCUGGUGAGACAACUAUAGGAUUCCUUUCUCUCCAAGAAUCGUUUAUGGCACCUGAAGUUCACAGAAAAACUGAUAUUUCAUCAAAAGUUGAUGAACGGAAGUUUUCGGGUUAUCUCCAAGACCGAUCAGAAGGAUCACCUAGUCCGCUUCAUAAUUUGCGUGUGAGCCUGAAACCGCAAAAUGAGCAGGUACAAUAUGAGUCGAAGAAUGUUUCGGGUACAUCAAAUAAAGAUAUUUGGCAUCAUCCUUCGCCCAUAUGCUUCGAGAAACAUUAUAGAGCAUACAUGGUUGCUUCCUUACCUCGUUUAGCGGUGUUAGACAAUCUGCCAAUCACAAAGAAAGAGAAGGAAACUUCGAAGACUAUUGUUUCUGAAUUCUAUGAGUACUUGCCAUACAAACAUAACCGCAAAAAGAAUGUUGUCAACAUUCUGCAGAAGCGUGAAACGGGAACAAGCGGUGUUCACUAUAGAAACUCUUCGAAACUAAAGCAAACUUAUUGUUAUGGAAAGAGUCAAUGUUUCUUCUCAAGGUCGCUUAGUGCUAAUAGGUUUGGGUCUUCAAUGUGGCCCUCCUUACAUCCAGUGUCCAGCUUUAGUCAUAUAUAUAAGGAAGAAAAUAAGCGGCUUCGUCCGAGGCAAUUCGAGUACCAUCCUUCCAACUCGAGCCUUAUGGCUUUUGGAACUUUAGAUGGUGAAAUAGUUGUUGUCAAUCACGAGACCGGGAAUCUUGUUGGCUAUAAUUCAUCUAUAGGAAUGAUUAACAGUGUUCUUGGACUCUGCUGGCUCAAGAAAUAUCCAUCCAAGCUCGUAGCUGGAUUCGAUAAUGGUUGCUUGAAGUUGUUUGAUGUUAAUCAUAUGCCGGCCAAACUAGGAGACAGAUCUUGUGGUUCCGGUGCAGUUCAUUUCGAAGAUUUCGAACAAUUAACUUCAGUUCAUGUCAACUCAACGGAUGAUCAAUUCCUUGCCAGUGGCUACUCGAAAGGUGUUGCUCUAUAUGACAUUAGUACCGGGAAACGGUUACAAGUGUUUACUAAUAUGCAUCGAGAACCUAUUAAUGUCGCUAAGUUCGCCCACUACUCUCCUUGUAUGUUUGCUACAUCUUCAUUUGACAAAGAUGUGAAGAUGUGGGAUCUGAGGGAGAAACCCGAGAACCCUUGCUAUACUACUUCAAGCUCCCGAGGAAAUGUUAUGGUUUGCUUUUCUCCCGAUGAUCUCUAUCUCCUCGUUUCAGCCAUUGAUAAUGAGGUUAAGCAACUUUUGGCAGUCGAUGGGAGGCUCCAUACGAAUUUCAACAUAACUUCAACCGGAAGUGCUCAUAAUUAUACUCGUUCGUAUUAUAUGAAUGGAAGGGACUAUAUCAUCAGUGGCAGUUGCGACGAACAUGCUGUUCGCAUAUGUUGCGCUCAAACAGGAAGGCGGCUUAGGGAUGUCUAUAUCGAGGGUACAGAGUCGGGAAAAUCUAUCUUCGUGCAGUCCUUAAGAGGUGAUCCUUUCAGGCCUUUUAACUUCAGCGUCUUGACGAGCACGAUGCGUCCAACAGCAAAGCAGGAAAUCAUCAAGGUCAAUUUGCUCGCCUCGAGUCAUGACGCGGCUCGUGAUCAAGGUAUUUAUCCUUACUGUGGUCUUUAAGGUUAAAAUUUUGGAUCUCCAUCAAGUUGUCUAUGCAUAUGUACAUCAUGUAUAUCUAAAGUUACUGUAUAUGCAGGGGGUAAAAAGACUUUUUUUCACUCCUUUGCUUUGUAAAUAUGUGCUUUACUGUAUAUUUUCAUCACUGUAGAGUGUUAAUCUGGUUUGAGAGUUCUAAGUCCAUUUGAAAACACAUUUUUAUUUUGGUUUGUCACAUUGAAGAUAAAGUGGAGAAUUUUGAUGUUA